AAAUUGACAUAAUUUUGACAGUUAUAGUAUUUUGUAAAUUGUUACAUACAUCUUAAAAGUAUUUAUUUUGUUUACUUUAAAUUUGAAAUGCUCAUAACAAGACAGUAUAUGAAAAUUAUUAGUUGUAGGGCACUAAUAGAUAAAAAUAUUUCAACUAAACAAAAACUAGUUACGUUAUCUUGCCCUUGCCGCAAUCGUGUUUAUAGAACAUUCGCCAGUAGCGUGUCUACAAAAAAUCCUGGGAAUAUGAUUAUUAAAAAUGGAGCACAAUUUUCAAAUGUAUCGAAGGAUAAAAUUCCUCAAGUGACACCACACGGGUCGGCAUCGUCUGAACAAGUAUUAGAAAAAUUUAUUGCUGGUUUAUCGAGUGAUAUACAUCAAAAAAACAGGGUGUACAAAAAUGACUUGAUGAGAAUAAUCAACAAAGUGAAGGAAUUAAAUUUUUCAACAAAAAGACAAGGUCUGUUAUUAAUCAGAUGCUGCACAGAAUUGUUGCCCGAUGAAGCCAGCUCUUCACGAAUGGCUUUGGUUGAGAUAGUGUGGAAUGCACUGAAGCCUCAUACAAAAUUUGAGGUGGACCACUACAAUGAGCUGCUACGAGUAUAUAUAGCUAAUAACAGAACACUCACAGCCAGUUCCUUCAUCAGUCAGAUGACUCCUGUAAAACCGAAUAUCACUACAUAUGAACUAAUACUGAGAGCACUUGGAGAGGCUGGUGAUCUUAAUCAAGCUACCGAAGUGAUAUCAAACAUGAAAGCUCAAAAUCUUCCAGCCACCGAAAGUAUAUUCAAUUCACUUAUAAUUUGUCAAGGAAAAGCUGGCAAUGUCAGUAACAUUCAAGAGGUAUUGACAAUGAUGAAGUCUCUGAAACUUGAGAACUCUAUAGAGACCCACACAGCAACAAUGAAAGCCCUAGCAUACAAUAAGCAAAUUAAACUUUUAUUUGAAGAAAUGGAUAAAGCAGAAAGAAGUGGAUUACAGUUUGAUGAAGUUCAUAUCAUGGAGAUUGUGAAGACUUUAGCUAAUGUUGGAUCCUAUCAGUCUAUUCCUCGGGUUCUCCGUCAUCUUCCAGAAGAAACCCUCAAAACCCCAUCUAUUUCUCCAUACAUGCAAAGUGUGGCAACUUUGCUAGUAUUCCAGAAUCAUCCGAUAGUUGCGCUAGAAAUAUAUAAAUGUUUGCCCUUACCCUCUUUUGGGCCUAAGGAUGAUCAAGGACUUCAUGGAAGGAGCUUAGUCAGAGACUGCGUAAAGGCUUCUAUAUCAUCGAGCGUCAUAGGUCUCGUAACACAAGAACUAAUGUCCUCUGGAAGGAACCCAAUAGCCCUACAUAAUGCAGCGGAGGCGGCAUUGCAAUUGAACAAAGUGCCACUUGCUCUAGAUUUGUUUAUGCGUAUGAAACAGCUGGGCAUGCCGCUCAGACCUCAUUAUUUUUGGCCUAUUUUAUUGCAUAAUUCUAAAAGUUACGGGGAAAAAGGUAUCAUGAAUACGCUAUCAACUAUGGUUAACAUGGAAGUGAAGCCAGAUUACGACACUGUUAUGGACUACACAUUACCAUACGUCAGUUUCACCUCGCCCCAGAAUCUAAUGAAAAAGUUUCUAGAUACAGGCCUCACUGUGAGUACAGUGCUGACACCUAUGAUGGUCACGCUUUUGCAAACGGGACAAGUAAUGGCAGCUAGUGAAAUAUGUGAGUUAUUCCAAGGUAAAGUGGACGCGGAAAAGAUAUUGAAGCCCUUACUAAAAGGUUAUUUAAUAAGUGCCGAUGUUAAAUCAACCGUUCACAUAUUAGAAGAUAUUUUAAAGAAGGCCAUAGACAAGAAUAAGGAUUGGGUCGGCAGGUUCUUGUGUGUGUUUAUGCAACAUAAAAAAGUAUUGGAGGAUAUAUCUGACUUUUUGGAAUUGAUUAAGGCAAUAAAAGCGGCAGACAUAAAGAUAUCGACGCCGGCAGCUGAUUAUUGCAUCAGCCGACUGCCAGAAAAACAUGGUCAGGAUACCAUUGAUAUGUUCCGGAACAGCUUAAUUGAUAUCACUGAUGAACGACUCGUGGAUGAGAGUGAAAUAUUCAUGCAACAGAUGCCACAUCCUAAACAUAUGAACGAGGAAUCUCUAAAAGCGCAUCUCAAUGAGUUAGAGGCCAAGGGCAUGAACACACGCGGUGUACUGAGGAAGUUGCUGCAACAGUACUGCAGGGAAGGAAACCUGGCUGCGGCCAGGCAGAUAGCCGAAAAGUGCCAGAAAGAAGAGGUAUUCCUCUCAGCGGGCAUGAAAGCCGCCAUAUUUGAUUUACACGUGAAGUUAGGUGAACUUGACCUCGCAGAGAUAGCGCUUGCCGAUCUAAACAAAUCAUCGCCUAACUUCACGCUGGAUGAGUACAAAGUAAUAGACUUCGCGACCCUCAUGGUGUACAGGAAGAAAAUCGAUCAGGCAAUGGAGUUGAUCACCGAACAGUCUAAAAAGAGGCGUGUAGUAGGCGGUCGCGGUAUAUCAAUGAACUGCUGGCGCCUUCUGGACGCGACGGCGGCACACGGCUCGCAUAUUGAAACUCGUAAAAUGUUCGAACUACUUUCUUCGUUGCGGUAUUGCAAGCCUUCCAAUGUGAUUUUAGGACCAUUAAUACGUGUCCAUUUGAAGGAUAACAAUCUUCAAGAAGCAGUGAACGAGUUCUCUCGCCUUGCUUCCAAGUAUAAUAAAACGCCUCUGAAACACGAGCUACUCUGUGCUAUUCUAAAGGCCAUGGGCGACGGUCAAUCGGAGGAAACCUUUGUUACGAAUGAGAAAUCAAAUGGCAGACUUAAUAAACUGGUUCAGACCGUUUUAAAUGUUGACAAGAAAGUACAUGGAGCUGGGGAUGUUCAGCUGACUCUGAUAGCAGCUCUCGCCGAUGUUGGCUACAAGAAGACACUGCGUAAACUGUUCCUGGACCCCACCGUUAAGUUUCACCCGGAUGCUUUGCUCCGUCGCUGCGAGAGGUUCGCGGAUGAGCGGAAGGUGCUGGCCUUAGAGGCAAUUGCCCAGUGUGCUAAAGAUCUCAGACAUAUCGACAUUGAUGGAGUUUACGAACUCAUGCUGGAUGUAUUCCAACGCGAUGACAACUGCGUAGACGCAUUGGCCCUCUGGAACAGAAUGCAGGAAACGGACGUCACACCCUCCCAGAAAUUCGUACGAAAUAUUUGCUCACUGAUCAAAGCGAAUAAUAGACCUGUACCCUCAGAACUGUCUGUACUUCUUGACAAGCAGGCGAAGAAGGCAACAAAUGUUUAAUUUUAUUGUACUUACUAUCACAUUAAAGAAAUCAAUAAGUUUGUAUAGUGUCGACGUGCCAUGAAAAAAAAAAGAUAAAAAAAUGGACUCUUAAUUUCUAACUCUUAAUAAAUAGUUUCGUGGCCAUGUAAGGCCAUGUUCAUUAUGUAAGGCCACCAAUUAGAUAUACUGUAAAUGAUUAGCAUAUUAAUGUCUGUGAUAUUAAAUUAUUGUAUGAUA